GAUGAUGAUGGUGAUGAUGAUGAUGAUGAUGAUGACGAUGAUCAAGAUGAUCACGAUGAUGAUGAUGUUGAUUCGGUUGAUGAUGUUGAUGAUGAUGUCGAUGAUUCUGAUGAUGAAGAUGAUUCGUAUGAUGAUGAUGGUGAUGAUGAUGAUGAUGAUGAUGAUGAUGAUGACGUUGAUGAUGAGGAUGAUGAUGUUGAUGAUGAUGAUAAUGAUGAUGGUGAUGAUGAUGUUUAUUCGGAUGAUGUUGUUGAUGAUGAUUCGUUUGAUUAUGAUGGUGGUUAUUAUUAUUAAGAUGAUGAUGAUGAUGAUGACGGUGAUGAGGACGGUGAUUAUGAUGAUGAUGAUCUUGAGGAUUAUGGUGAUGACGAUUCGGAGGAUGAUGAUGAUGAAAAUGAUGAUGAUGUUGAUGAUGAUGAUGAUAAUGAUUCGGAUGAUGAUGAUGAUGAUGAUGAUGAUGAUGAUUCGGAUGAUGUUGAUGAUGAGGAUGAUGAUUCGGAUGAUGAUGCGGAUGAUGGUGCUUCGGAUGAUGAUGAUUCGGUUGAUGAUGACGAUGAUGAUGAUGAUGAUUGGGAUGAUGAUGAUGAUGAUGAUGAUGAUGAUGAAUUUGAUUCCGUUGACGAUGUUGAUGAUGAUGCAGAUUACGCUGAUUCGGUUGCUGCUGCUGCUGAUGAAGAGGAUGCUGUUGACGAUGAUGAUGAUGGCGGAUGAUGAUGUUGAUGAUUUUGUCGAUGACUGUGAUGAUGACGAUCAUGGGUAUGAUGAUGAUGGUGACGGUGGUGAUGAUCAUGUUGAUGAUUUUGGCGAUGAUGAUGAUGAUGAUGAUGAUGAUGACGAGGAUUAUGAUGACGAUGAUGAUGAUUCGGAUGACGACGAUGAUGAUGAUGAUUUUUAG